UUCUGUGCCAUUUACAUAAAAGAAAACAACUAUUUAUGCGAUCCGGUUUUGCCGGUUCUUUGCUUACAGACGCAAAUGAAUUCAGUUGAUCGGUUCGAGUUCACAUUUUCGUAAUAAUCCACCUCCGAAUCCACUUUCAGAUCCGCCAAUGAAGUUUUAUGCCAAGUUCUUAUUAUUCUGCAGCAUAUGCGUAGCUUUCAUUGCAGUUCAAUGGAGUGGGCCGUCUUUUAACGAGGAGUCUUUGAAGGGAGCUCGGGUGCUGGUGACUGGUGCCAGCACUGGAAUUGGUGAGCAGUUGGCGUACCACUAUGCCCGUUUAGGAGCCCAACUCGUGAUCACGGCAAGAAGAGCAAAUGUCUUAGAACAGGUUGUGAACAAGUGCCUGGAGCUGGGAGCACAAAAAGCCUUGUUCAUCCCUGCUGACAUGGCCAACCCCUCUGAUGCGGACAGUGUGGUGCAGUAUGCCAUUGAAAAGCUUGGGGGGCUGGAUUUCCUGGUCCUGAACCAUAUUGGGCCCGGUCCAUAUGGAAUGUGGGAUGGAGACGUGGAGAAUAUUAGAUGGUUGCUACAGGUGAAUUUUCUCAGUUAUGUCCAGAUGGUGCAGAAAGCUUUGCCAACACUUGAAAAGAGUAAAGGAUCCAUAGUUGUUGUUUCCUCCCUGCUAGGAAAAAUUUGCACCCCCUUUGUUUUACCAUACACUACAACUAAGUUUGCACUGAAUGGUUUCUUUGGAAGCCUCCAGCAUGAGCUAGCUAUGCAGGGGAGCAACGUGUCCGUGACCAUCUCCACACUCGGUUUGAUCGACACAGAGUCUGCCAUGGAGAAAAUCAAAGGUUACAUCAAUGUGACCGCAUACCCUGCCCAUGAGGCCGCCUGGCAUAUUAUCGGAGCUGGAGCAUCUCGGCAGUCGGAGUCCUUUUACCCCUCGUACACCUACUAUGCCUGUCUCUUCAGGGACUGGUUCCCCCACUACAGGGAUCUGGCAAUUCGAAAUUCCUACACAUAUAAUCCAUAAAUUAUGGAACCACUUAAUCCUUGUGGGAAUCUUUGUGUGGGAGGAGGCAUCAACAUGGAAUCAGUUGCUGGAGGUGUGGACUAGCAGUCAGGGCAUGUGCUCAGACACACCGAGCCAAUUAGCUUGUUAAUAAAAAUAUAAUUGUUCAUUAUUAGUUAAUGAUAUAGUGCAUAAACCAAUGUUAACAAAUAUAACUUUUGAUUUUAAAAAUAGUAUAUGUUGAAAUUAACAUUAACCAAUAUUAAUAAAUGUUUUAAAAGUUAAUUGUUAGUUUGUGGUAACUAAUGUUGAUAACAAAUGGAACCUUAUUGUGAAGUGUUACCAUUUAUUUUAAAAGAAUAUUCUGUUUUUUAACCAUCUGUAACAUGCUGUAAGUAUGUUUAGAUGUGUCUAGAUAUGACUAGAUAAGUAUGUGUUUACAUAAAUAUACAACUGUAAUUGAAUCGGACAUUACUGUGAAUAAACAUAAAAUUGACUCA